AUCGGUCCAAUCAGCUGUGAAGUUACUCGGACUCCGCCACAACAAAACAAGCGUCAAGAUAAUCCCUGAAAACAUUACUACAUGAUUUGCGAGAGUUUAUUGUGAGGACUUUUUAAAUUACUCUUUAUCUGUAUCUUAAGUUUUUUCCCCAAAAAGAAUUAGGGACUUUUGUUUAAAAAUUCAACUCAAGUAGAGACGAUUUGAGGGCUCAGCAGCCACUAGCAAACGUUAGCAUCAUUAGAAGCAGUCCGGAUAAAAGUUCACUUUAAAAUAAAUUGUAGGACUUUAUUAUACUGUAGACAAAAUUGCAUGAUAUUGAAAGCCGUUUUGGGUAUACAUCGGUAAAGUAGUGAAAUUUCAGAUCUGAUGUAUUUACCUUUAUUGGUUCAUUUCCGUAAAAUUCAAGCUAGCCAAUCCAAGGUAGCUUAGCUGGUCCGUGAACGACAACAGCCACCAAACUGGAACACACAUUGGACUUAGUUGGGUUCAAAUCGGGUCCGGCAGGUUCGCUGACCCCUCAGAAAAAGAUGAAGAAGAGGAAGGAGCUGAAUGCCUUGAUCGGACUCGGGGACAGUAAGAGAAAAAAGACCAAAAAGGGGUCCGGUCACAGACUUCUUCGUACCGAACCACCGGGUUCAGAGUCCGAUUCGAGUUCAGAAGACGACUUCAAUCAUCUGAACAGCGGAGCUAACUUUGGAAAGAGAAAUUACAGUCAGUGCUGCAACGUGUGCUACCCUUUGUUUCUGUUUAUCAUCCUUGCUGCUUGUGUCAUGGCCUGUGCUGGACUCAUAUGGAUGCAGAUUGCUUUGAAAGAAGAUCUGGACUCCAUGAAAGAGAAGCUGCACAGCAUGGAAUCCACCCAGAAACUGUCAUCAAGUGAAAUCCUAAAAUUAAACGAGGACCUGAAGAACAAGGAGAAAAAGCUGGAAAACAUUGAGAAUGGAGACAACGGGUUAAACAAGCUGUGGUCUAACCUAACAGAAAUGAACCGAAAGAUCAGUGUGCUGGACUCUGCUGUUUCCCAUUUGAAGGCCAACCUGAAAUCAGCUGCUGAUUUAAUCAGCCUUCCCACAACCGUGGAAGAGCUUCAGAAGAGUGUUGCAACAAUUGGCAGCACACUAACCAGUGUGCAACAUGAUGUGAAGACUAUGCAGACUGCUCUUGAAAGUCAGAAGAAUGAGGACACCAUGGAGAAGACUGUGGACAUAACGGAUCUUAGAAAAGUCAUGACUGAAGUUAAUAAGACAGAGGAGAAGCGCCACACUUGGACCGAUGAGCAGAUCCACCUCCUCCUGUCUACUGUGGCAGAACUUCAUCAGAGAGUGGCCUUUCUGGAGAACGGGUCCGAACGCAGCGUGCAGAAUAAUGGAACAGAAACUUCACCAGAAUUUAGCCAACCUUCAGACAACAGGAUGCUAAAGGAUGCUCCUACAACCACAGCAUCUCCUGAGUCCGCUUCACCACUGCUGACGACGAGCAGACGGCCUCGCUUUUUAACUGUACCCCGGCACAAGAGGAAUGCGGGGGUAAAAUGUUCAAGGAGGGUGUCCCUGCGAGGUGUCAGUUCUCUGAAAGAUUUAGAAGACCUGUUUGAGCGAGCCGCUGCAGAGCCUCAUUCUCCCGGUCUUACCUACAACGACCUGAAGGAAGUGUUGCAGACGUCGGCUCCCAGCGAACGCACCAUGGAGUGCUUCGACAGCAACGGGGACAAGAUGUAUUCCCUGACAGAGCUGAGAGUGGCCGUGGGUUUUUAAGCACACAUUCUAUCAGCAGUGAACAGUAUUGAAACCCAGACAGGUCUGGAGGGCUGCAAGUUUUUUUUUCUGAAGUUGCUGCAUUUUAUUUUGUGAAUUGGAUUUUUGUCAUGCUGAAUGGGGGGGGGGCAGUGCUGAUCUGCUCAAUCCUUCUAUCCUAAGUUCCAUUUUAUCUUUUCAUCCACCACAAAACAUUACCAAAUAUUUAACUGUAGUGUUAGGAAGUCAUGUCUGCUUCUUGUUUAAUCGAAUUCUGCUUAUUUUUAGAGAUGCCUGGAGUCCAUUUUUCCACCUUCAGUGUCCGACUUUUAUCCAUGUACUCCUGUUUUUGUCAUCUGGAUGUAAUGAUUUAGUGUUUUUCUAUAGUAGGAUAGAACAUAACUGCCAGUUUAUGGAGAUGCUCCUCACCUAUUCACACAACUAUGCGGUCCUGCUAACCUGAAUCUUUAGAUCUGUAUUUUGAAUGUUUACAAAUGACUACUAGAAACACAGUUUUUGUCAGACCUCUGGUGUUUUUAUACCUUUUCCUUGUUGAUCUUAAAUAUGAACUUUUAUGCUCUUUCUUAAGAUGUGACAUGCAUAUUUUCCUAAGUUACAACUGGGAUCAAGUAUUUAGUCUGCGUCCUUCUCUUUGUACUUUUUCCUGUUUCAUAUUUGAAGGGCUAUACUCGCUUUGAAUCUUUGAGGUGCAUCCGUGUGAGGCAGAUUAAGCAAUAAAAAUGUAGUUUAGGCAGAAAGCACACCUAACUUGCAGUAACAGGUAGUAUAAGAAGCACUGACCAUCACCUGUUAGGCGUUUGAAUACAAAACUAUCCUGGUUCCUUUUGAGCUUUGUAAAAAUGUAUAUUCCCUUGUAAAAUGAGUUAAAUUGAAAGUUUAAUCAUUUGUAUUUUACUUUGCAUGUUGCUUCUUGUGUGACAUGAAACAUUUGGAAAUUUUAAAGUGUGUAAUGUUUUUUCCGUGAUAACUGACGAGUUCAUGCUGCUACUGUACAUGGGAGAUUUUAUGAAUGUUUUGUGUUUGAGCACCAAUAAAAGAAUGUUUAAGGUU